AUGGCAACAUGCUGGGCUUAUCGUAAGUCAUUUCUUUGCGUUCAUGUUCAUACGUUAUUUCUGCUAUUGUUUAUACAUAAUAUCAUAAUAUUUAUUUUUGCAGCCGCAGCCACAGCACCAGCCAAAGCACCAGCCCCCGCACCAGUCGCCGCACCAGCCGCCGCACCAGCCGCCGCAGCCGCAACACCAGCCGACGCAUCCAACGUAUCACUCCCCAUUAGCCGGGCUCUACGGGCCGGAACAGCCAACCGCAUACAGGUCAGAACAGCGGCUGUUCCGGCAACGCCGCAGAGAGGCGAGGCGGCUGUGGCGGCAAUCAACGUGCCGUGACGGUUGCGGCCGCGGCCGCGGCCGCAGUUACUGCCCCUGCAGCGGC